GAAGUGCCGUGUGGGAUCGGCUGAACUGCGACAAUUACGGUUUGGAGAUUCUGUCCAUUUUCUAUAAACAACAGGUUGAGGCCUCCUAGUCAGGAUGGUGAGGAGGGUCCAGAAGAAGUCCUUCCAGCAGAGUCUGGAGGACAUCAAGGACAGGAUGAAGGAGAAGAGGAAUAAACAGCUCUCCAGCGCCUGUGCGGCCAACAGGGGCAUGUCCAAGAUGAAGAACAAAGUCACUAACAGCAACAAAACGUUCAUUCUGAAAAAUGUCCAGGUGAACAACAAGGCUUUGGCCCUGGCGCUCCAGGCAGAGAAAGAAAAAGUGAAACAGGCCCAGAUGGUCAUUCUUCAGAUGAAGAAGGAGCAGCAUGUCUUGAUGCUCCACCUCCUGAUGCUGAAGAGGAAGCUGAAGGAACAUGAAUCCCUGGCGAGCACACGUAAUUUGGAACCAGAGUUAAUCUCUGCAAAUCCGACCUUUCCUGUCUCAGUCUGUUCCCCUAUCAGGAUCACACCAGACUCUGAGGCUGUCAGUAGCAAUAGUGAAGCAUGUUUGGAGAAAGGAUUAAUAGACCAUCCUCACAAAGAUGUAUCUCCUGUUUCACGGAGUCUCUGUGGCAGUUCUGAAGACAAUCAGGCCAUGUUGCCGAGGACAGUGACGUCUCGGCGACAGCGGGGGGAGAGCAGAAGGAGGUCUUCACGAAGGCACUCUCUGUGCAAGAGAACUAUCUGUUCCACGCCAAAGUCUUCUGAACGACAGGAAGAGGAGAGUACGCAGGUGGAUGAGAAGCUGGAGGCCCCACCGAAGGCCCCAGUUUUGGAAGCUUUGCCUGUGGAGCUGGCAGCUCCUGAGCAGUCGAUCUCCAUGGUCCAGGACAGGGGUGCUUCCAAAGAGCAACUGCAGAAGAAGAGGUCUGCGGAAAUCAAGUCCAAGCCAGAGAGAGGCCGCAAGCCAGAUCGGGCACCACUGCGGAGGCCAUGGGAGAGCAGCAGGUCCAGGGCCAGGUCUAAGAGUCGGGACCGGUCCAAAGCCAGACCGAACCCAGUACCGUGCGAUAAACUGAACACUUCCCUGGGCUCCAAUGACACAUUUGACUUUGACUGCGAGGAGAGCAUCCAUGUGACGCCCUUCAGGGUGGGGAGCAGGGUUAUGGAGACGAGCACUCCGGAGGCACUGCUGGAGGGCAGGGCAUUGGAGAAGGACGAGGCAAAAGACCCUGCUGCACCGCAGGACUUGUCUGACACAGCAUCCAGCCCAGCUGAGGAUCAGGAUGACAGUCUGUAUGUGCCCUGCAGGAGGUCCAAGCGCAUCAGUAGUGCAGGAGGUGAAAGAAGACACAGCCCACCAUGCAGAGCCAGGUCCAAAAGAAGAAUGCUCCUGGAGGCCAGACAGAAACUUGAAAAGGAGAAUGUAUUACCAAAAAGACCUGUGGCCCAGGAAAGUACGAAUCGAAUGACGUCCAUGUCUGUGAGCCUGGACAUGAAAACCAUUUCUGGGUUUGCUGUCACCGGUGAAGCCAUUCCUGGGUUUGCUGCCACUGCAGACUCGAGGAAAACUCCAGAUUGCCAGUGCAAAGCCCAGGAGGUCAAGUCCCCCCCAGCUCCUGUAGGAGUGGAGAACAUGGAAGAUCUGGUACCUGCUGUUAUGGAUGUCGAGGUGGCGCUUUUUGAUAACCGCAGCCCUCUCCGUGUGCUUGCUGAUCAGAGGAAAAACUCUGUGGACCUCAAGAACUGCACCCCACAGAUCACAGAACAAAAGCACAAAAAAUCCUUCAGAGAGUUCUCGGCCGGCCGGUCCCGCUUCUCUGGCACAGAGCACACCCUCGCAUCUGACCGUAAACGUCGCUGCAUCAUCUCAGUGGACUACAAAGAGCCCACACUCAACAGGAAACUGCGCCGCGGAGACAAGUUCACAGACACCAAAUUUCUGCGUUCGCCAGUUUUCAAGCAGAAAUCGAGGAGGUCGAUGAACAAGAAACCAAGCCUGGAAAGAUAUAACGAGUCAUUUGUGGGUUGUCGCUAAGCAAAUUUACUUCUAAAUGUGAAUUGAGAACCAGUUCUUAUUAUUUGGCCUGUGAAGCCCAGUAUUCAUCAGCUUCAAUUUUUAAGUGAUCUUGUUGCUGCCCUGGUCGUCUGUAGACCGAAGCACAUUACUGUCCUACUGCAGCUCCUACCUGUAGGAGUACGUUGGGUGCUAUGGGGUUCCUGUGCCACUUUGGAAACCUGCUUUACUCCAGUAGUAGUGUGAAAUUCUGUAGUGUUUGAUACUUGUCAAUAUUUAAAUGUUUUUAUCAUAGCAAUGAAGUAUCAUGUAAUUGUAAUGAGAUUGCAGAGAAGGGAAUUCCAUUCUUCCUCCAUGGCCUGUUUAAUAGUGAUAGAUUCUCCUUAGAUCUUACACACUAAAAUGCUACUUUACCAGAGGGGUAGUAUAUUUGACAUAAACAUACAUCUCCAUCAUCUUCUGUUACUGGUUUAACUGCUUGCAUAACUCACCUUGUACUGGAGGUGCUAGAAGAUUGUUGUAUAGAGUUCAGCUUUUGUGCCUUGUGUACAUUUAGCUACUGUUUUUUAAUUCCUGAUUUUAAGUGUGUAUUGAAAAUGGAGUAUUUUCAAUUAAAAUCUUGUAC